AUGGCGCCCAAGGUGCAGCCACCGGCUGCUGUGGUUGCUUUCGGCAACACUGCGUAUGCUCUGAAAAUCCGGCCGUACUGGCUGGGGCAGAUUCUGCGCGGUGAGAAGCGCCUCGAGAUUCGCGGCUGCCGCUGCGCUCAUCCGGAGAAGAUCACCCUGAUGGAAACCGGCACCUUGCUCCUGCGGGCGCGCGCUACGAUCGCGGAGUGCCGCCUGAUGACGGACACGGAGAUGGUCGAGAAUCACGAGGCUGUGUCCGCACUUGACUACAAGGAGUACUGGGCAUGGACGCUGACCGAGGUCAAGAUUCUGGAUCCGCCUAUCCCCGUUCCGUCCAUUGUGGCACGAGGCUCCGUUACAUGGAUGCUGCGUGCUCGCUGGGAAGCUUGGGACAAAGGCCUCCUGCGGAAGCCGGCCACGAUCCCGGACUUCUUCACGGCCGGCGCCGCUUCCACCACGGGUCCUUCCGCUUCGUCGCGGUCGCGAAGUCGGUCACCUCCCAGCGGCCAGGACAGCGAGGCCAAACCCUGA